UGCUGCUUCGAAAGGACCACAUCCACUCGAUUCGUUGGCGGCCUAUCUGAUAGUAUCUUAUCCAGUUAAUCCCUCCGAAGAGAUUACAUCAGGCACGAAGUUUCCGGACAUAAUACAAGACCCUCCGAGUCGAUUGUCAAUAAAUCAACAUACAUCAUGGAGUAUAAAUAGGUACACGCAGCCCAUAGGAUCCAUUCUCUCGCCAAUCUCCAAUUUCUCUACAAGUCUUCACGAUGACGACGAACAACCUGUCCACAUCUACCCUCGAUGGCAAAGUUCUAGCAAACAUACGCCAGUCCAUCGCCGAAUUUCUUCAGCGUUGCGGCUUGCAAUAUAAGAAAAUCCCGCUUGACGAAGCGUGGUGCUCCGAAUGCUAUCAGGAGGUCAUCAAGCGCGGCUAUCCAAUGGACGACAUUCUCCCAUACAUAGCCGUUGGGGUGGCCAUGGUGUCUAACGCUUACGACCACCUCCCGGACCGUGCAUCAAAGAUGUGGAUGUGCCUCUUCACCACCCUAUUGGCUUGCAUCGACGACAAGAUGAUCACGCCAGAGUAUAUGGUGCAUGCGUACCGCUUCAAUGAGCAGUUCGUGAAUUGCCAGCCACAGGGACACCCGCUUAUGAAUGCGCUUGACGGGCUCUUACGGGAGGUCACUUGCCAUCAUUCUGCACCAGUGUCAAAUUUUGUCGUCACGUCCUCGCUCGACUUUGUGUCUUCCCUUUUACUUGACAUUGAGACCAAAGAUAUGCCGAUCUCCCGGCAGAAUCCUUCAUACCCCGAAUACGCUAGGCUGCUGUCAGGCGUGGAGUAUGCGUAUGCGUACUACAUUUUCCCUUCAACAGUCCCGCUUCGGGAAUACGUCCAAUGCAUGCCCGAUCUGGCUAUAGUCAUAAACCACACAAAUGAUAUAUUGUCAUACUACAAAGAAGAGAUUGAAGGCGACUCUGCAAACUACCUGUCGCUCAUAACAGCCUCUCGCGGCCUUACCAAACAGGAAGCUCUCAGCGAACUCAUCGAGAAAACUAUGAAAGCUCAUCACAGUAUCCUCGAAUUCUUGAAACCGCGUCCUGAGGUCCAUGACGCCUAUGCCGCGUUUUUCGAUGGGUAUGUCAAAUUCCAUGCUACCUUUGGAAGGUACAAGCUGGAUGCUGUCCCUUUAACCUUUCUUGCUCCCCUCCAGCUUCAAGGGUUUUAUGAGAAUGUAUGCGUUUUUCCAGCUUGUCCACUCGGGUUGAUGAAUAGGUUGCAGUUGUAAUUGUACCUCUCAAUGAAUAGUCGCCGAAACUUACAGAUAACUUCGAGGCGUGUGUGACAGGGACUCGGAGAGCUAUAUGUAUGUGAAGAUCGGCAAGGCCAUGGCCCAUAUUUGCAUCUAGUCUGUGAAAAUCGAUACAGAACUUGUGGACAAGCCUUUUUGGGAUGAUGAAUUUCAG